GGGAGCAGGAAGCCCUGAACCUGAGAUGGCCCUGCAGGGACCCCUCAAAUGAAGACACAUCUGGAUGGAGGGCCACACUGACAUGGAGAUACUAAGGACAGUGAAAGGGUCUUCCACAGGGGAGGUCAGCGUGCACCUGGUGGCCAGAGACAGCACAGGCUCCCAUCCUCACCUGCCUACAACCGCCUUCAUUAUUCCUACCAGUUCAGCUACCAUUGGUCUGCCUAGUUCUUCCCUGGAUGUGUCCUAUCCGCGGGAGCCAGUCCAUGUGGGCGCCCUGGAGCGGGUGGCUGGCAGCGAACCCGUAACAGCCACUAUUCUACCACAGCUAAGCACCGGACCAGGAACCAACAGCACAGUCAGGCUUCUGGAUUGGACAGGGGUUUCCACACCUUUAGCUGGGAGCGGCAUGCGGUUCCGGAUAAACGAGUACGCGCCACUGAACAUGAUAGGAGUGGAGCAACCACGAAGCCCGGAGCAGCGACAUGAGGGUGGCACGUCUGGAAGAAAUACGGGCAUCCAGCACCCUGAUGUUCGCCAGGAUCCUCAAGACAUCACUCCUCUGGAACCUCCAGUAGACGCAAGCUCCUGCAAGUGCCAGGCUUGUGGGCCUCAACAAAAUAUUGGCCUAGAGGUUGGUUCAUCGGGAGAUCGAUGCCCUCAGCCUUUCCAGAAGAGGUCAGUCAUAGUAGAGAACUCAGGCUGUACCAUCGCUUCUGAGCUCCUAAAACCCAUGAAAAAAAGGAAACAUAAGGAGUAUCAGAGCCCAUCAGAAGAAUCCGAGCCGGAGGCCAUGAAGCAAGGGGAAGGAAAAGACCCAGAGAGAGAGCCCACCCCCAGCACUCCAGAGAAUGAAGACUGCAGCAGAACCCAGCUGGUGUCCAGUGAGAAGAAGGAAGGCUGGUCCUGGGAGUCCUACCUGGAGGAGCAGAAGGCCAUCACGGCCCCAGUUAGCCUCUUCCAGGACUCCCAGGCCGUCACCCAUAACAAGAAUGGCUUCAAACUGGGCAUGAAACUGGAAGGCAUUGACCCCCAACACCCAUCCAUGUACUUCAUCCUCACUGUGGCUGAGGUGUGUGGCUACCGCCUACGCCUGCACUUUGAUGGUUAUUCUGAGUGCCAUGACUUCUGGGUCAAUGCCAACUCCCCUGACAUUCAUCCCGCUGGCUGGUUUGAGAAGACUGGACACAAGCUGCAGCUUCCCAAAGGUUACAAGGAAGAGGAGUUCAGCUGGAGCCAGUACCUGCGCAGCACAAAAGCUCAGGCCGCCCCCAAGCACCUGUUUGUAAGCCAGAGCCACAGUACUCCACCGGUGGGCUUCCAGGUGGGCAUGAAGCUGGAAGCUGUGGACCGCAUGAACCCCUCCCUCGUCUGUGUGGCCAGUGUGACAGAUGUGGUAGACAGUCGCUUCCUGGUGCACUUUGACGACUGGGGCGAUACUUACGACUACUGGUGUGAUCCCAGCAGCCCCUACAUCCACCCAGUAGGCUGGUGCCAGAAGCAAGGAAAGCCCCUGACCCCUCCACAAGACUACCCAGACCCUGACAGCUUCUGUUGGGAGAAAUAUCUAGAAGAAACUGGGACCUCAGCUGUGCCCACUUGGGCCUUCAAAGUGCGACCCCCUCACAGCUUCCUUGUCAACAUGAAGCUGGAGGCUGUAGACCGCCGGAACCCAGCACUGAUCCGGGUAGCCAGUGUGGAGGACGUGGAGGAUCAUCGGAUAAAGCUCCACUUUGAUGGCUGGAGUCACAACUAUGAUUUCUGGAUUGAUGCCGAUCACCCAGACAUCCACCCUGCAGGCUGGUGCGCCAAGACAGGACAUCCCCUGGAGCCUCCUCUCCGGCCCAGAGAGUCCAGCUCUGCCUCCCCUGGGGGAUGCCCCCCUCUCAGCCACAGGAGCCCACCCCACACAAAGACUUCCAAAUAUAGCUUUCACCACCGGAAGUGCCCCACUCCUGGCUGUGAUGGCUCUGGCCACGUCACUGGCAAAUUCACAGCUCACCACUGCCUUUCUGGCUGUCCACUGGCCGAGAAAAACCAGAGCCGGCUGAAAGCGGAGCUGUCCGACUCGGAAACCGCAGCCAGGAAGAAGAACCCGUCUAAUUUGUCCCCAAGGAAAAAGCCUCGCCAUCAAGGCCGGAUUGGACGCCCUCCAAAGUAUCGCAAGAUUCCAGAAGAAGACCUCCAAGCCCUCCCUCCCAGUGUGGUACACCAGUCCCUCUUCAUGUCCACCUUGCCAACCCACGCUGAUCGCCCACUCUCUGUGAGCUGGGAGCAACACUGCAAGCUAUUGCCCGGAGUGGCAGGCCUCUCAGCCUCCACAGUCUCCAAGUGGACCAUUGAAGAGGUCUUUGGCUUCGUUCAGACCUUGACGGGUUCUGAGGACCAAGCUCGCCUCUUCAAAGACGAGAUGAUUGACGGCGAGGCCUUCCUUUUGCUGACACAGGCGGACAUUGUGAAGAUCAUGAGUGUCAAGCUGGGCCCAGCCUUGAAGAUCUAUAACGCCAUUCUCAUGUUCAAAAACACUGACGAUGCCUUUAAGUGA